CCUCUAUUUCGGACAUCAAAAGCUAUCAACAAUCUUCUCUUACGCUAACAACUGCAAUUUCGCUUAAAGCUCUCUAAUUUCUCUCUUUACUGCUAUAAUACUUCAUUCUUGAAAAACUUUCUUUAUUCUUCUUGUUAUUGCUAGUGUCUUUGCUUUACUGUUCUAUUAGUAGUUUCAUUUGUUUCUCAAAUUUUUCAAGAAUGGCAGAAUCAAAGGAUUGUCAUGUCAUCGUCGAAAUCCCUGUCGACGAAGAGCAUCAAGAAAAACUUUCUUCAGCCAUAACCACUGUAACUGCAAUCCAAAACCACCCAUUAAUGGAAAUUUCAAAAAGUCCAGGUCAUUUGUUACUUCUCAAGCUAUGGCAAAGAGAAGAAGAUCUCUCUGGCCGCAGAAUUGCAGCCAGAGAGGCCCGAAUGGAUAGCAUUCGGAGAGAAAUUUUUCAAAUUUGUUGUUUUUUCUUUAUAUUUCACGCGCUUUUCUUUACUAUUCUGUUCACAUCUGUUCCUGAGGACCACCAUCAUGAUAAUGUUAUGUGUCAUAAAUGGUGGAUCCCUUCAGUUUUAUCAGUUUGUACUUCGUUUUGCAUUGUGUUUUUGGUACAGGUGAAACUUUACAGGUUUUGGAAAGUGUCGAGGCAGUUGCAAAGGGAGAGGGGGGAUGGUAGAGCACUAACGAGGUGUAUUUCGGAGUUGAGGAUGAAAGGGGCAAGUUUUGAUUUGUCGAAAGAGCCACAGAUUGGGAAGAAGAUGAAGAGCUCUAGUGUGGAGAUUAAAUGGAGGCCAUUGACUUGGUUUUCUCAGUAUGUUGUAACUAUUUGUCUUGUUUGUUUUACAGGAUUGGUGUUCCCAGCUUCCAGGCUCGUCCUCUGCAUUUGAUGAUCUUCUUCUUCAGUCUCAUUCAUACAUAAAUCAGCAAUUUGGACUCUGGAAAGUUGGCUCUUUGCUCCAAUCAGCUCGAAGACAU